GUUCAUAGGUACGGGGUGCAUGUUGGGUUAGUGGUCAGCCAAACGGCUUCCUCGGGGCCGGUAUGACGCUGUGGGUGGUGCUGCUGUUGACAUGGGUGGCGGUGGCGGGCGCACUGAAGGCGCCUGAAAGCGGCUUCCUCUUCACAUCGCCCAAGUUGCUGCAAGCGGGCACCAGCGAACGCGUCUGCGUCACGCUGUUCAACCUGCCCGGGCCGGGGCGGAACGUGACCCUCAGUCUCUCGAACGAGCCCGGGACACAACCCCUGACGCUUUAUAGCUUCACAAUAGUGGAGCUGAUACCAGACACGGUGGACGCUGAUGGCGAUCACUGUUUUGACCUGGACAUGCCGCGCUCGGUGCCCCUUUUCCGGGGUUACCUGGAUCUCCGCAUUGCCAACGCUGCCGGACUCCGCCUCUCAGACGGCUCCAAGGUGUCCAUCAAGGGCUUCACGCUGGUGACGCUGAUUCAGACGGACAAGCCCCGAUACCGUCCCGGGGACAAAGUCCUGAUCCGUGUCAUAUCCCUGCGGACUGACCUCACUCCUGUUAUCGAAAACAUUCCGGAGGUGCGGGUGACCACCCCAGACAACAUUCGCGUCGCCCAGUGGAGAGACAUCAAGACCACCGGAGGCCUCAUCCAGCUGGAGCUGCAGCUGACCGAGGAGCCGCCCCUGGGUCGCUGGGAUAUACGUGUGGAGACCAAUGGACUACCCAAAACCGAACAUUUCCUGGUGGAGGAGUAUGUGCUGCCCACAUUCGAGGUCAAAGUAAAGAGCCCCAACAACCUGCUGGAGGGAGAGAAGACAAUCGCCGUCGACGUCUGUGCCAAGUACACCUUCGGUCAGCCACUGAUUGCAGCCGCCGUGACGGUGAACGUGACGACAAGGCGCGGUCCUGCAAACAGUAUAAGUGACACCCUCACGACGGACGAGACAGGCUGCGCCUACUCAGAUCUGGUUGUGGAUGAGCUAUUGUCAAGGCCAUACGCUUCAGCCCUCAUUAACGUGACCGUGGAGGAGUUUGGCACGGGUCUCAGCCAAUCACAGACGCGUUCGGUGCACAGACCUCCCUCCAGAUCCGCCACGGGCUACAUUCCAGACAACACCCAACGGUUCAUCAAGCCCGGCCUGCCCUACUACGGCCGGUUCAGUGCCUUCGACCGGAAUAGCUCGCCCCUUGCCGAAAAGGACGUCCUGGUGUGUUUUAAGGCCAACUACAAGGACAGAACUGCCAUAAAAAGCGGGAGCGGUCCCAUCAAGACCAUAGAUGACGCCCUGUUUGACGUCUAUAGAAGGCACUCGGAGCGCUUGCAGAACGAGUUCGGCUACACGCCGCUGAUCUGGGAGACGGAGGAUCCGGAGCGACUCUCGACGGCCGAACAGUGCCGCAACUUCACCACCGACAGUCAGGGCCAGCUCCUCUACUUCGUCCCGCCGCAAUCGCCCAUCGUGGACAGUGUUGACGUCAAGGUCAGUCUGACGUGGCGUCAUUGUGAAUGUGGUGACGUCAUAUCGUCGUGUGACGCCAGAUUCGGCAUGAUACGUCAGGUUCAGGAAGUGACUUCGGGUCACCGCACAGUGAGAGGUUACAGUGGCGCGUGGUACGUCCACCAGCUGAAUCCGGGAAGAGGCGACGGUGACGUGGAGCGCAAUCUCGUGGCCUUCUUUUCCCCCUCCGACUCGUACCUCACCAUUGACGCCCACCUGCUGCCCAACGAGCUGCCAUGUCGCGGUGACAUUACCGUCCAGCUGCUGACGUCGCUGGAGACGGACGUACCGCCAAUGGUAUACCAGGUAAUGGCGCGUAGCCAGAUCCUGCAAUCAGGCCGAGUGUUCAGUUCGAGCCUGACACUGCCGGUGACGCCGGCCAUGAGCCCGCAGUUCAAGCUGCUGGUGUUCUUCGUGCUGGACUCGGGCGAGGUGGUGAGCGACGCGGCUAUCCUCAAGGUGGAGAAGUGCUUCAACAACCAGGUGGAUGUCAGCUGGGACAAGGAGACGGCCCGGCCCGGGGAGUCCGCCUCUUUUACCGUCAGCGCCUCACCCAACUCCGUGUGUGGCGUCAGUGAGUACCCCCUACCCCUGUCACGUGCUGUCACGUGCGCCGUGGACCGGCGCACAGAGCUGCUGGGCACUGGCAACCAGAUUACCGUGGAGGACGUGUUUGACAAGGGGUCCGCGAGUUUUUUCCCGGAAGCCUUCCUCUUCUCCAUCGAGACGAUCGGCGUGGAGGGCACCAAAGUGCUGACCCAAGACAUGCCAGACACCAUCACGUCGUGGGUCGGCUCCGCCAUCUGCUCCCACCCCCAGGACGGGUUCGGCGUCUCCAACAAAUCAGCCAUCAAAGCUUUCAAGCCGUUCUUCACGGAGGUCACGCUGCCGUACUCCGUGAAGCGCGGAGAGGUCCUUAACAUGUCGUCCACCGUGUUCAACUUCCUCGACUCCAGCCUGUCGGUGUACCUGGAGCUGGCGGCGUCGGAGGAUUACUCGCUGGCCGACGAGGUUUCGCUCGCGGGCAUUGACCUCUGUGUUCCGGCGGGCCGCUCCAAGGUCAGCCACUUCCCGCUGACCUUCACCUCUCUGGGCGAGGUCAACAUCACCGUCACGGCCAGACUCCGAGACGGCAACUGUGACCAGCCGAACGCCGUCGGUCCCGGCAGUGACACUGUCAUCCGUCCGCUAGUGGUCAAGCCCGAGGGAUUCCCGCAGGAGGAGACGACGUCACGGUUCGUGUGCCUGGACGAAGGAGUUGAGCCUCACGUGGAGCGGAUCCCGAUGGUGGCUCCUGAAGGCCUGGUGCCGGAUUCUGAGCGGGCUUAUUUCUCCGUGGUGGGCGAUCUGCUCGGACCUUCGUACGGAAACCUGGGCCGACUGGUGGACAUCCCGACGGGCGGAGGAGAGCCCAACAUGUUGGUCUUCGUGCCGUACAUCCACGUGAGGGCGUACCUGGAGCACACCGGGCUGCUCACCCCUGGUGACCGGGACCUGACCAUCAACGGCAUGAGACGAGGGUACCAGACUCAGCUGCGGUACAGGCAUCGGGACGGCUCGUACUCUUCGUUCGGCCGGGAUGACCCGGAAGGCUCGCUGUGGCUCACCGCCUUCGUCGUCAAGUCCUUCAAGGAGGCGUCCGAGUACAUCGUUAUUGACGAGGAGUCGACCAAGCAGAGCGAGCAAUGGCUGGUACAGCAGCAGCAGGAUGACGGCUGCUUCCGUCCGAUCGGCAGCGUCAUUCACAAGGAGCUGAAGGGCGGCACGGAGCGGGGCGGCCCGGCCGCCCUGACCGCGUUCGUCAUGCUCGCCCUCGGGGCAGAAAACACCAGGAGUCUGAGGAGCGGCUUCACCUGCCUGGAGCGCGGCAUCAGUCUGACCAACAAAACACUGUAUGCCGAGGUGCUGUUAGCCUAUACGCACGUGGUACUGGGCCGGGAACAGCGCGGCCAACAGCUGGUCUCCGCUCUGAUGCAGAAGGCCAAGACGGAGGGAUCGGACGCCCUCUUCUGGGAGGGCGAUCGCCGCUCCAUCUACGGCGGCAGUCGGGCCGUGGACAUUGAGAUGACGGCUUACAUGGUGCUCUCCCUGGUCCACCUCUCGGGUCAGGAGAACUUGGAGCAGGCGGCGCGGGCCGUCAAGUGGAUCAACAGGCAGCGCAACAGUCUGGGCGGCUGCAUCUCCACACAGGACACGAUUGUGGCGCUGCAGGCGCUGGCAGAGUUUGCCAAACGCACUUUUUCUUCGGAGUUGUCCACUAGCGUUACAGUGAGUGCUGCCGGACCCCCCUCCACACUCGUGGUGGACUCGUCCAACCGUCUGCUACUGCAACAAGAAAAGGUGGCAGAUUUUGAGCUGCCAGCUGAGGUCACCUUCACCGUCAGCCCAUCCGGCUGCGUCAUCUACCGCACCAGCUUCCGCUACUCCAGCCGUUCCCGAGUGCCGAAGCCAGCCUUCUCGCUGGCGGUGACCUCGGAGGCUCGUCCCAGCCGCUCUCCAGGCAGUUCGUAUGAGCUGGAGGUAUGCUCCGCCUACAUCGGGGACUCUGGCGAAUCAGAGCGCGUCGUGCUGGAGGUGGAAAUGCCCUCGGGCUAUAUCGCCGUCAGCAGCACACUGAGAAGUCUCCGAAACAGCGGCGCGGUACGCAAAUACGACUUCAGCAAGGGCAAGGUGACCUUCACGCUGUCCAAGGUCACCGAGAAGAAGGUCUGCCUCAAGUUCCGCAUCAUUCGAGAGAACGAGGUGGAUGGCCUGAAGCCGUCGGUGGUGCGAGUCUACGACCUCUUCAGGCCUGAGGAUCGCAAUAUUCUGGAGUACGAGCUCUCGCCCGUGUCUUCUCCCGCCGCUUGAUACUUAUGUUGAAGACCGGUGUGUGCCCCUCACGGAUCAUGACUGGAAGACACGUGACAUGACAUGUCAUGUCAAGAGGACGCCGACGCUCUGUGAUUCGAUCGCAGACAUGCAGCUUAAGCCGGAACAUUUUGGUAUUAAAAAUCUGACUACCAGCAUUCUAGAUCAGCAUACGAAAGAUCGUUUUUAACCAAUGACUGCACGAUGUGCUGCGAGAUAUGUUAUCAAGCACACCGACUCCUUGCUGUGUCGCUUUGCCGUUUCCCUGUGUGCGAGCGAUGACCCUGAAUAUUGAGUAACUUUUGACCGAUGUUUGCAACUGUGUAUGAACGCUUGUUGCGGCACCACCAAUUUAAAAUGCGAGGGAAAUACACUGGGAUGCUUUAAA